AUGUCCACAGAAAAUUCAGACAAUAAAGAGAAAGAAGAAGAUAUCAUUAAAAAGACUCUCAAAGAGAAUCUUGAUGGAAAGUCAGAGAGCGAGCUUCAGACUAGGUUGCUCCAGGUCUGCCAAGCCGUUGAUAAAAAGAUUACUGCAUUCAAAUAGCAAGAAGAACCAGGAACUCACAAAGCUUAGGGAAGAACAUGAGAUCCUUCUGAUGAAAUAUGAGAAGAAAGAGAAGGAAAGAGUAAGCCUCUCCCAAGCUCUCUCAAAAAGUCGCAAAGAGAGCCAAAACCUACGAGCAAAAGUAGAUACAGACAGUCAAUUACAAGAUUAUCACUUUGUUAAGGGGGAAGUCUUUAGGCUGACAAAUGAAAACAACGACCUCAAGGCCGAAGUUAAAGGUCUUAAAUCUUCAUGAUACAAACAAGGAAAAGAACUGACCAAAAUCAUUGAUAAGCAUGAUUAUGACAAUAAAAUUGCAAUCCUCAAGCAAGAUAUAGCAUAUGAGAAAGAAAAGGUCAGAGAGCUUGAGAAAAAGUGUAAUUCACAGGAAGCCCAACUGAAAUCUCAGCAUGAAACUAUCGCUAAGCUUAAGGCAAAGAACAUCAUGCUCAAAGACGGAUCCACAGCUGGUAAAUAAGGUCAAAGAAGUCUUAUCUCCAGAGACUGUAGAAAUGAUCGAGAAAUUAGAGAAAACUAUCGAAAUUCUUCAAAAAUCCAAAGAAUCUGAAUUUAAAAAGGAUCUUAUUGCCAAAGCAAAAUACGAGAAGAAGUUCAAAUAAACUAGUUGAAAAGUGUGAGGUGCUAGAGAACGAGAUUAAAGAAAAAGAUAAGGAGAAUAAACUGCAUGCAAUCAAGAUGAAAGAUAUUAUUAGAUCUCAAAGUAAUUUCAACCGAACUCGAAGAGUCAAGAAAUUACCUAACCUAAAUUCCUCUACAGCCAGUUCAAAGAAUUCCAACAUUCAUUCUUUGAAUGGGAAGAAUUAUGAAACAGAGCCAGGAAGUGGGAGAUCUAGGUCGAUAGACCCUCAAAGAAUUAAACUAAAGUCCAAAGCUAGAAUAAAUACCAACCUUAAAGUGACUCUAAAAUCAUCAAGAGGACUCAAGCAAGGUAAAGUUGUCUUAAAGAACAAGAAACAUAGUAACUUUGAAUCCGAGCUUCAAAAAGCUAAUGCUCCUAGUAUUGCUGCAAUUGAUACAAACACUCAGCAGAAGAUCAUGGAUGAUGCCCAGAAGAACAAGUUAAUGAAGAGUUUAUUCGAUGAUCCCUCUCCAACUGAUCUAAUCCAGACAGAGCCAGAUGGAAGCAACAAAGGUGUAACCUUUGCUCCAGGUACUAUCCUUGAAAAGCAAAAUCACACCAAGGCAAAUGAAGUUCCUCCUGAAGAUCCUGCUGAUGACAAAUUCGAAAACCUUGGUGGAAACAUUGAGUUCAUGGAUAUGAAUGUGGAAUAACAUACUCUAUUUCAAUACUCUUGGUAUAGUUA